AUGCGCUUCAGCUGCUCACUCUCUCGCCAACAGGCCGCCGUGGCCUUGAUCGUCGGAAGGCGCUUCGCUAGCGCGUUCGUCGCGGCUCCUCGCGGCGGUGUGCUGGCGGGCAGCACCGCAUUGCCGAUGCGCGCUCAGUCCUGCAACAGCCUCGCCGGCAGCAACAGACGAUGGAUUCACGCCGUGCCAGCAGCGGGAACGAGCCUUGGGUUGCCGCAGCAGCCACGACCGUGUACAGGCCGCCCCCUGAUGAUGUCCUCCGCCACCGACGCCGUCACUGGGGAAGAGAUCUGCAGGGCGGCGCACGUGCUGUGCGCCGACGAGGAUGCCGCCGAGGCCGCCUUGACGCGGAUCAAGUCCGGCGAGCAGUUCGGAGACGUGGCCACGGACAUGAGCUCCUGUCCCUCGAAGGACAAAGGCGGGGACCUGGGGUGGUUCAAGAAGGGGCAGAUGGUGGCGGAGUUCGAGGCGGCGUGUUUCGAGAACGACCCGGGGACGAUCGUCAAGGUUCAGACCCAGUUCGGGUGGCAUGUGGUGGCCUUGCUCUCGAGGGCUAUCCUGCCGCGACAGAUGGCUGUAGAGGAGCUCGGGGAGAUUUUGGAGCUUGCGAAGAGCGGGGCCGGAGACGUGGAUAGCAAGUACCAGUUCGUGGAUGUACGGGAAGAGGAAGAAUUGGGCAAGGCCAAGCUCGAUGGGUUUGUGAACCUCCCGCUGUCGAAGUUCGAGGAGUGGAGCGACAAGCUCUCGGGGGAAGGCGCGAUCCUCGACGCCGAGAAGGAUACCGUCAUCAUGUGCCACCACGGCAUGAGGUCGAACCAGAUGGCCCAACACCUGGCGACAAAAGCCGGCUUCAAGAGGGUCUGGAACGUGGAGGGCGGUCUGCACGCCUACGCCAGCCACGUCGACUCCUCCGUAGGAGUGUACUGAUCGCAACGGCCGGCCGCUUGGGCGCUCUUGCGUGGCGACACGCAUCCGUCACGUGGCGAACUGGGGAGGUUUGGCUCACGAUAACCACCCUCGACGCGCUCGUUAUAUAACGUUUUAGCAACUUUUUUUUUGUAUGGGGUGGUGUUGCUCAUCCGAAGAUGGCAUCAUUCUUCCUGGCGUCGCCCCCGGAGACUGUGUCUCCUCAGGGCCGUGCCAAAGGAGAGGUAUGAUUCGGUCACCCCGUUUCCCGGGGGGAGGUUACCCAGCUCAGAUGAAUUGUUCUCCGAGUCAAGUUUAACAGCGAAAAUCGUUCAUUGUAGCGGUUCCGCCAAGAUAUUUUCCAUUCCCACAACGGGGUACAUGUGUUGCUG